UAACUUUUUCUUCCUUAAUAAUUUUGGUAUAAAAAGGGUGGAAUUUUAGCCACUUGAUAGUUCUAACAACCAAAUUAUUUAAAAAUGUUUCCUCCAUUGCGGCAUAGUAGGUUUUUAUUGUUUCUUUCAGCAGUAGUACUCUUAGUAAAAAAUGAAGUAAAUGCUCAAGCAGUAGCAAGUGCAGGUGCAGGUAGUGCAAGUGCUGGUGCUGUUAGUAGUAGUAGUAGUGGCGGUCGAUGGCCAUUCUUUGGAGGAGGUAAUGGCGGAGGAGGAGGUGGAGCGUCUGCGGUUUCUUCUGCUGUAGCUCGAGGCGGUGGAAAUAACUAUAACAAUGGUCCAGCUUAUGGAGGAAGAAAUGGCGGAGGUGGAGGUGGAAGGUCGGCGGCAGUUGCUUCUGCUGUAGCUCAAGGCGGUGGAAAUAACUAUAACAAUGGUCCAGCUUAUGAAAAUAGAGGUCCUCCGCCGCAACAAUGGUCCAACAAUGGAAACAGAGGUCCGCCGCAGCAAUGGUCCAACAAUGGUGGGCGUAAAAUGACAAUCAUAAGGAAGUGGGUGCCAGCAGGAGGUUCAGGUCCAGGUAGUGUGGAUAGUGCAGCUGCUGCCUCAGCUGCUGCGGCAGGAGGCGGAGGCGGAGGAGGAGGCGGAGGUGAAAGUUAUGAACAUUACGAUGGACCUUACCAAGGCGGACCCGGACCAGUUUUACAAGGACCAUCAGGACCCGCUGAAGGAUCAAAUGAUUACGAACAGUUUUACCAUGAUGUAUUUGGACCUCCUCAAGGUUGGAAUGAAGGUGGAGGUGGAGGUAACGGAGGUGGAGGUAAUGGAGGUGGAGGUAAUGGAGGUGGAGGUAAUGGAGGUCGAGGCAAUGGAGGUGGAGGCAAUGGAGGUGGAGGCAAUGGAGGUGGAGGUUCAAGUUCUUCUGCUGCUGCUGCAUCUGGCGGUGGAGGUGGUGGAGGAGGUUCUUCUUCUGCUGCUUCUUCUGCUGCAUCUGGUGGUGGUGGUGGAGGUUCUUCUUCUUCUUCUUCUGCUGCUGCUGCAUCUGGAGGUGGAGGUGGUGGUGGAGGAGGUCCUGGUCCAGGAUCAGGUGGUGGACCAGGCCCAGGAUCAGGUGGACCAGGCCCAGGUGGAUCAGGUCCAGGACAUGGCCCAGGACAUGCCCCAGGUGGACCAGGCCCAGGAUCAGGAGGUGGACCAGGCCCAGGAUCAGGUGGUGGACCAGGCCCAGGAUCAGGAGGUGGGCCAGGCCCAGGAUCAGGUGGUGGACCAGGCCCAGGAUCAGGAGGUGGACCAGGCUCAGGACCAGGUGGAUCAGGCCCAGGACAUGCCCCAGGCGGACCAGGCCCAGGAUCAGGUGGUGGACCAAGCGCUGGACCUGUCCCAGGGGGUGGCGGCCUUGGUGGAUUAGGAGGAUUAGGAGGAGGACACGGACACACUAAUGCUCUGAUGGCUAAGCUAUGCAAUAUGUUAGAGGGUUACUUGACCAGGUAGAAAAAUAAAGGCAAAGGUUGAAGUUGAAUUUGUCUCAAUCCCCUUGAUGAAACCAAUGAACUGUACUUUAAAUAAUUGUAAAAUGUUGUCAAAUAUUUAAAAAUAUCCAAUAUGUAUUUUUAAAUGUAAUAAAAAUGUAUGAAACUAUUUUUAGAAAUGA